AGCGAUGGUUGCGGAUUCUUAUUGUAAAGGCAAAUACAGGGGUGCAUCUAUUCACUGGACCACCGGGAGAGAGGAACAGACCCUUAAAGAUGUUUUCCUUCUCUAAGCUCUUGAAGGAUGGUUUAUUUGUAGAGCAUAUAUCUGAAGCAAGAUGUUAGAAUCGAAGAAAGAACUCGUAGUCUUAGAAAACAAUCUUUCAAGUGCUUCCACAAAACGCAGUCCUUUUCAUCUUCUUUCAAGCAUAUUCAGUAAGAAGAAAUCGAAUCUGUUAGAAAACGAGCACCAGGAGAAAUCUGGUAAAGUUGGUGAACUUCAAAGCAGCAGCACAACAAAUGUUUAUGAAAAACAGCCCCCUGAAUCAGGAAGCAGUUCGAUUCCUAAAAGAUGUUCCACAACUCCGGGAAGUUUAGAUGAUAGUUCAGGCGGUCGAAUCGAGGCCAAUUUCUUGUCUCCAGCCGCUACUGCAAGAAGGAAGAAUCUUAAAAUUGACCUUGAAACGUUACAUCUGUCCAGGCAAGACAACCCAUAUUUAAAGCAACUGGAACGCUUCAGUUUACCUGAAGAAACUAUUUUAUCUUGUGCGGACUUGAAUUCCCUUGCAGAAAAAGCUCUUCUUGAAAGCGAAUGGCAACUAGAUUCUGAGAGAGAUAUUGACAUCCAUCAGCAUCUGGUUCGAAGUCCUCCACCACAAUUUCCUCAAAAUAUCACUCAUUUUAUAUACAGCCAGGCUAAUUCACCCAAGCGACAUGGCAAUCAAAAUUCUGAAAAUGGUGAUGAAUCCGAUAAAAAUAAGAAACCUCUCAAUCCAGUUCAGCCGAAAAAAGAAACUGGUGUAUUAGAUCCAAGUAUCCGAGAAGUUCUUGAGUAUCAGAAAUCUCAACUGAUAGCAGGCCUUCAACAUUCCUUGAACAUUGGACAAGCAAAAUUUGGUACCGCUCCUGCCCACUAUGUGCCAGUUCAAGUAAGCAAGAGCAGCCACAAUGCUCAAAAUUCCCAUUCUCGUUGGACUCAUGAUUCUGGUUCCCGGGUUCGUGAUCCGGAACAACAGGUAGCAAUUCCUCAUGCCACAUCAUCCCUGCCAGGAUUAACUAGCUGCUUCUUAGAUUUAGAGCAGACUUGCCGGAGAACGACUCUAGGACCCAUUAGAAUAGGAAGGACAUUAUCAGAUUCUAUUUGCCAUGACAACAAACUUCGAAAAAUUGGUUCGAAUCAAUGAAUCUACUGUACAUAUUGGGAAAAAACUGUAAAUUAAUCAAAGGAAGCCUAACCUCGCAUAAAAGGUAGAAAAGUUUAGGAGAAAAGGCACAGUAUAUUUAUGUAAUUUAAAUACAAGUUGUGCCUUUGUAUUAUUUUUACUGUACAAAGUUCAGUACAUUUUAAAUUAAUUUACGAAAACCAGAGAAAUCAAAUAUUCUAAUGGCAGUUCAUCUUGUCGUGGUUUUUACUUAAAAAUUUCAGGCUUUUCUCAAUUCACUGAUUAAUCAUGCAAUAAUUGCCAAGCAGAUUAUUAUAGCUGGUAAGGCUAUAAAGAAAUCAGUAAAGCCAAAAUUUAGACACAUUCAUGUGUUGAUCCUUCAUAGGAUUGUUACGAUUUCAGAGAAUUUUGUAUAGCUCUCCUUGGUCUGCU